AUGAAGACGACAGGCGGCGAGAUAAAGAGCGAUAAAGAGAGCGACGUGGAGCAGUAUGAACUCACAGAAGACGACGAAGACGAAGAAGAAGAAGAAGAAGAAGAAGAGGAGGAGGAAGAUACUAGGGCUAUACAGAAGGAUACAACUGUUGCUAUUGAUGCAAUACCGAAGCGUAGAAUGAGAAAGAGGAAGCGAUCACUGGGGUCACAGCAUGAUGAAGAUGAGAUUGUACGUCGACGUCGACGACGUCAAUCGCUGGUGUUUCAACAGAGACGACGUAAGUUAGCAACGAAUGAGAGGAAGAUAGUGCCAUUACAUGGUGGAAAUGGGGUCAUUCCAGCGUCUACACACAGUAAACAGUACAUUAGUGACAUGUACUCGACCAUUAUCAAGAUGUCAUCGGAAAAUAAAAUUAAUGUAAAAAACUCAUGGUCACUGCAUUUGAUCGAUCAUAUGGAAGAUAUUCUGCAUUCAUCCAAACGAAAUGCUACGGAUGGCAAUGAUGAUACGUAUAAUUUUCAAAAAGCGAGCUGUACGCUCGAUGCAAGUAUCAAGAUUUACUCGUACCGAGUAGAUGAUACGUGGAACUCAUCGUACAAGAUUCUGGAAAACUUGUCACGAACAGAGCAAAAACAUGGUAUGGAUGAUAGAGGUAGCGAUGCAGAGGAUGGUGCGAGGACUGCACGCAAGACGACGAGAAAGACACAUGCACGGACGAUUGAAAAGAAUCUGAAUAAUAUUAACUUGAAAGCGUACGACACGGAAUGUGAAGCUGACCCGCUGUUUCACAAGAUGUCUCAGUCGUUUGAUGAAGGGGGUGCGAAGGGAAUGUUAUUGGCCAAUCUUAGCGUGUAUGACGGGUGCAAAAUUCUGUUGAAUUCGUCUGAUGUGAGUAUGGUGACGCGCAAGCAGAUUCAUGAGGAUGUAAACAAGUCUAACAAAGAACCUGAAGAUCACGAUCAACAGAAGUCUAACAUUUCCGAAACAAACGAUACUGUUGUGGAACCCAAUGCCUCUCACGAAAAUGAUGCGGCUAAAGUUGAAAGUGAGAUCAAUGAUGGACACAAGAAUGAAAAGGAUGGUAAUGAAGAAGACGAAGAGGACGGUAACGGAAGUGGAGACGGCAAUAGAAACAGUGAGGCUGUCGUAAAAAACCCUGCUGACGAUAAUGACGAGUUUGCAAAAGACAUUACGAUGGAGGAGGAACGUAUUAAGGAGAAAGAAUACAUUGCCGAAAAUGCCGCAAUGGAAGAACCUGAGAAGGAAGAUUCGAUUGAUAAUGUCACCACAAAGGAGGAACUGAUCAAAGCAACGACUGUUGAUGCGGCGGACGUCAUCGAGGAAAGCACCAAGGAUAAGAAAGAUGACAGUUCUGACGCUUCUGGGGCAAGGAGAGACGCAGAAGCUUUUGGCGAGCUUCCUGCUUGCAAAAAGCGUAUUAGUCUAUCACUGUUUGGCGAUUUGUCAUGUGUCAACCAAGACGUACAGAGCCUACGAGUUUGUCCUCCGUUGUACCGAAUAUAUGAUCAACUGGACGAGUUGUACGGAGACGAUUCCCGUCACAAAGUCGGUAUUCGAAACGACUUUUUACUGACUACUCCGGUAAAAGGCCGACGGCAGACGCUGCACAAGAAGGAUGUCGUCACAAUAAACCUAGCUGGUAUUAUGGAAGGUGCCAGUGAGGAUGAACUGGAUGGAGAAGACGCAGCACCCGGUAUUUCAGUGGAUGGUGAUGAAAAUAGUGCAGACUAUGAUGCUGAUGAGGAUGGUGGUAGCACCUACGGUGAAGCAGAAGAUAUGGUAGAAGUAGACACUGCUGAGGAAGUGGGAAAGGAAAAGGAGAUUAUUGAUUUGGUCGAAAGUGGUGAUGAAGAACACUUGUCUGAUGAUCUUGCCCAGGAUGGUAGUGAAAGUGAACCAGUAGCUCUUGACAAGGAGUUGUCACUUGGAUCGACUGCUGUAGACUUCUUUCGCAGAAAGGUGAAUGAAAACUUACCGGAACAUUAUGAAAACAAUUUGUUUUCGCAAAUGAUUGAGUCUGCACUCUUCCGGUCUGCAAGCUUGGAAGACGAGCAGAUUGGCGAGGACCAAGACAGUAAGAAUGACUAUUCGUACUUUGAUGUAAAGAUGCUUCGUAACUGGGCAGGUCCCGGACACUGGAAGUUUCCUGCUGUUCGUAAGAUUCAAAUGAAACAGCGCCUGAAGGAGGAGAAUGAUAAGGAUUGUCUCGAAGAAGCAACGGGAGAAGUUGCUGAAAAUGGUGUUGCAAUUAAGGCUGAACCGGCCGGUCUUUCUGCUGACCAAGUUCAGAAGGGAAACACCACUGGCGUGGAUAAAAAGGCAGUGAUAAUGGUUGACUUUUUUGGCGAAGCACCUGAUUUGUCAAAGCUAAACGCUCCAAAAUCUGCUGCCAGUUUGGAGAUCUCGAAAGGCAGCUUAAAAAAGCAAACCGAGAACGCUCCUGAUCUGGUGUUACCUGUAGACACACAUAUUGAGCUUAGUCUCUUUUUCCGGCACUUUCUGAAAGAGAGACCCCGGUUCUUUAGAAAGCGGGGCGGUAAUGGUGUCUUGGAUGGCGCCCAUCGGGAAGGCCCAUUGGCAAGUGACAUAAAGUAUGGAGACAAUAGUGACGAAACGGCUGAUGAUGAUCGAAAGCAGCCGUUCACCUAUAAUGAGGAUAGUGUCGGCUUUGAGGGAGGAUAUGAUGAUGAAGACGAAGAAGAAGGUGUCAGUGGUGCGGACGGAACACAAGAGUUGUAUUCUGUAGAAGGUCUGGUUCAAGCUGAUCGCGUGGUCGAGAAAAUUGGCGUACACUACGAACGCUUUGCGAAACGUGUGGAUGUGAAGAAGCUGAAGGGCAGCAUUUGGGAACACUUGGAGACAAAGAUCGACAAAAAUAAAAGACUGAGUGAAUGUGCGAACACGGAUGCCGAAAUACCCGACGCUGAUGCUGUUUCCGUCAUUGCAAGCGGAAAACGCUCUCGUGAACCGGAGGCAAGUGAAUAUGAUGAUAAUCCAAAUACGACUUUCGAAAACGUGGUCGAGAAUGUUGCGAGCAAGGUACCCUCGAACGUGACAGUAUCCUUUUACUUCAUUUGCGUUCUGCAUCUUGCAAACGAGAAAGGUCUUGAGUUGAUCGGGCAAGAAGGCUUGCGCAACUUUCAAAUCCGCAAGGAGGACGCAUCAGUCACUCCUCAUCUCUGA